AUGGGGAAACUGCUCAGGAUGGGGACACAGGAGAGGCGGUUAUCCCGACGACCAAAGAGGCUUCAUUGGAGUCGCCUCUUUUUCCUCCUGGGAAUGUUGAUCAUCGGUUCCACCUAUCAGCACCUGAGGAGACCCCAGAACUCCCCCUCAAUGUGGACAAAAGUUUCUUCCCAGCAGCCUAUUAAGUUGGCCAGCAGGGACCUCCCCAGUGAUGAGAUGAUAGUGGUGGGCAGUGACCCUCCAGAGGCUAGUUCUGAAGUGGAUGGUGAGAUGCUGGUACCCCAAAACACAGUGAUCAGGGAUGAAGCAACACCUCGCAUAACAAUGGAGGACACCCCUAGUCCACCCAGAACAACCAAGAUCACCCCAAUGUCACCCAAGAAUAAUUACAACCCUAUAGCAGCCGGCAAAGAAAGAGAAAUGGAAAACACCCCCCUUACACCCAGCAGGCCCUCAUACCACUUCAUCUCAAUGUCAGGCAGAGAAAGAAUAAGAAACUAUACCCCAAUACCCAGGGGAGAAAGGAGGAACUCCAUCCCAACUCACUCUAGGGAAAAGAGAAGGAAGUAUACCUCAUCCCCAGCAGGUGCACCAUCUGAUACCACCCCCACAACCACAGAGAAAGACAGCAAAACAAUGGCAACCUACAGGCUGUUGGAGACCAGACCUCCCGAAGGAACAGCGGAAGAAACUACAGCAGCUUCUUUCAAGAGAGUGGUUCCAAACACCCCAACUUUCUUAACACCUGAAGUAGAAGCAAGCCUCUUAACUUCUCCAAGUUUGGUGGAAGAGAACACCCUGGGCAGUCCUAGAAGAGAGGAACAAAACAGCUCUACCAGUCCCCAGGGAGCAGUCCCCCAGCACACCCCAGCCACAUCUGAGGAGCAAGUGAGAGUGAACACCAGGGUGGGUCGCACCCCAGCAACCAUCCACGCAUCCACUGUUGCCUGGAGAACUAGCAACCCCUUGUCCAGAACCAGUGUACCGACCACUAGAAUUGCCUCAGCCACCAACAGGGAGCUGGCAAAGAGACCUCCCACAGCACACAGUGCCCCAGUAACUCCCAAAGUUAAGGCAACCCUGACCACACAGGUCCACCGCUGUGUGGUUGUGGAGCCAGCCCCAGCUGUACCCAUGACCUCAUCUCCAAGCAUGACAAAUAUCCUGUUCCCAGAGGCACCCAGUUCCAGUCCCUCAACUUUACCACCUGGCUGGCCAAACCUCCACCACAAGGCAGAGUACCCCCCAGACCUGUUCAGUGUGGAGGAUCGGCGGCAGGGCUGGGUGGCCCUGCACAUCUUCGGCAUGAUGUACGUGUUUGUGGCCUUGGCCAUUGUGUGUGAUGAGUACUUCGUCCCAGCCCUGGGAGUUAUCACAGACAAGCUGCAGAUCUCUGAGGAUGUGGCAGGAGCCACAUUCAUGGCUGCCGGAGGCUCAGCCCCUGAGCUCUUCACCUCUCUCAUUGGUGUCUUUAUCUCCCACAGCAAUGUGGGUAUCGGGACCAUUGUGGGCUCUGCUGUGUUCAACAUCCUUUUUGUCAUUGGCACCUGUGCCCUUUUCUCCCGGGAGAUCCUCAAUCUCACCUGGUGGCCCUUGUUCCGUGAUGUCUCUUUCUACAUCCUUGACUUGUCCAUGCUCAUUCUCUUCUUCCUGGAUAGUCUGAUUGCCUGGUGGGAGAGUCUGCUGCUGCUGCUGGCCUACGCCCUCUAUGUGUUCACCAUGAAGUGGAACAAGCAGAUUGAGCUUUGGGUGAAAGAGCAGCUCAGCAGGAGGCCAGUAGCCAAGGUCAUGGCCCUGGGGGACCUCAGCAAGCCCAGCGAUGGUGCCGUUGAGGAAAACGAGCCACAGGAUAACAAGAGGCUGAAGCUCCCGUCUGUGCUGACCCGAGGGAGCAGCUCGGCCUCACUCCACAACAGCAUCAUCCGCAGCACCAUCUACCACCUCAUGCUCCACAGCCUGGACCCCCUGGGGGAAGCCCGCCCCUCCAAGGACAAGCAGGAGAGUUUGAAUCAGGAGGCCAGAGCCCACCCCCAGACCAAAACAGAGGGCAAUCCAGACGAGGAGGAGCCAGCCGAGCUCCCUGCGGUCACGGUCACUCCAGCCCCUGCUCCAGGCGCCAAGGGAGAUCAGGAGGAGGAGGAUCCAGGCUGCCAGGAAGAUGUGGGUGAGGCUGAACACACAGGAGAUAUGACACAAGAUGAACACGAAGGGGAAACUGAGGCAGAAGGAAAAGAAGAUGAACAUGAAGGGGAAACUGAGGCAGAAGGAAAAGAAGAUGAACACGAAGGGGAAACCGAGGCAGAAGGAAAAGAAGAUGAACACGAAGGGGAAACUGAGGCAGAAGGAAAAGAAGAUGAACACGAAGGGGAAACCGAGGCAGAAGGAAAAGAAGAUGAACACGAAGGGGAAACUGAGGCAGAAGGAAAAGAAGAUGAACACGAAGGGGAAACCGAGGCAGAAGGAAAAGAAGAUGAACACGAAGGGGAAACUGAGGCAGAAGGAAAAGAAGAUGAACACGAAGGGGAAACCGAGGCAGAAGGAAAAGAAGAUGAACACGAAGGGGAAACCGAGGCAGAAGGACAAGAAGAUGAACAAGAAGGGGAAGGUGGAAUCCGAGCUGACGACACUGAGGUAACAGCUGGUGAAGGUGAGACAGAAGUGGAUGCUGAGAAUCAGUGUGAGACCACCCAAGGCGAGAGAGGUGCAGAUGGUGGAGGGGGAAGUGAUGGAGGGGACAGUGGAGAAGAGGAAGAUGAUGAAGAGGAGGAGGAGGACGACGACGAGGAGGAAGAGGAGGAGGAGAGCGAGGAGCCUCUGUCCUUAGAAUGGCCUGAAAGCAGGCAGAAGCAAGCCAUUUACCUCUUCCUCCUGCCCAUUGUCUUCCCGCUGUGGCUGACAGUGCCCGAUGUCCGGAGGCAGGAGUCCAGGAAGUUUUUCGUCAUCACCUUCCUGGGAUCCAUCAUCUGGAUAGCCAUGUUCUCAUACCUCAUGGUGUGGUGGGCUCACCAGGUUGGUGAAACCAUUGGGAUUUCGGAAGAGAUUAUGGGUUUGACCAUCCUAGCAGCAGGCACUUCCAUUCCUGACCUCAUCACCAGUGUGAUCGUUGCCCGGAAAGGCCUGGGAGACAUGGCUGUGUCAAGCUCAGUGGGCAGUAACAUAUUUGAUAUCACGGUGGGCUUGCCUGUACCCUGGCUCCUCUUCUCUCUCAUCAACACACUGCAGCCUGUUCCAGUCAGCAGCAAUGGCCUGUUCUGUGCAAUUGUCUUGCUGUUUCUUAUGCUCCUGUUUGUGAUCUUCUCGAUUGCAUCAUGCAAAUGGAGAAUGAACAAGAUCCUGGGCUUCACAAUGUUCCUUCUUUACUUUGUAUUCUUGGUAAUCAGUGUGAUGUUAGAAGAUCGAAUCAUAUCCUGUCCUGUAUCUGUCUGAUUCAGUCACUGAUGCUCAAGAUGGACACAGACCAGAAGACCAUGCCAGAAGCUACUGUCCCUCUUGCCACACCAGUCAAAGAAUGGACAUGAUUGAGAAUGCAAACCGGACAGCCUAGACUGUCUGAAGUGACUGUCAUUGUGACUGAGACUUCUCUUUGUAAACACCUGCGUUCCUGGUGGACCAGUAACAUUACAUUGAAAGGGAGAGUUCCUAUCACUCGGGCCUGCGACUCUCACAAAAUCGGCAGGUGGACCCCUGUAGCCAGUGGGCUUUCCAAAUGAGACCUGGGUUAAGACUGGGAUGGCAGAAAUACAACAAGCACCCUUGCCCAUAAUUCCCUGGUCACUCUUGAAGAGCUUCUGGCUGAGGGGUGUAGGUGUCAAAGGCUUGCUGUCCCAGCCACAGCCCCAAACACAUACUGCCAUGUGCUAUUCCUCUUGGUGCAAAUGUGAAGUACAUCAGGUCUGCAGUCAUUGUAAGUUUAGCUAAUGAGUUUAAGGGGCUAAGACUAUGGAGGGGCAGGAAUAAAUUUAUCACCUUAUAGUCCUGUAAGAUGCACACCCAUGUUUUCUAUGUUAAAAGAAGACAUCAGUGUUUAUUGCUGCAUUUCUGAAAAAUGAAUUUAAAACAGGAAACAGCCUAAGAAAUGAAGUGUAUAAUUUGCCUUGAUCUGGAGGCAGAGAUUUGAGGAGGAAACCUACUCUUAGGGCUAUUUAAAAUAGGUCUUACUGGAAAGCCCAUGUUUGCUUUGUCUCCAUCAGUGGUCUCUUGAAGGAUUAGACAUUCUGACACAGCUUCCCUGCUGCCCCUCAACACUUUCUUGCUCUGGAGCGACAACCGUCACUAAAGGGAUGUAUUUGCAGAGAGUACAACCUGGCUUAUAAGCGAUCUGGGGUUCAGUGCUAUGCUUGAAUGCCAACGUAGACAGGUCUGCAGAGCAAGAGUAGUCCUGUGUAGAGUUUAUCAGUGGAGCUUGAGACAAUUUACAAAGGAAAAAAAUUCAAAACUGCUUCGCACAAUGAUGUAU